AAUCGUACAUUUCGUGUGUAUGUAUAUAUUGUGUGUAUAUGUGCAUACACGCAUGCGUUUUAUGUGGAAUGUGUAUUGUAUGUAUAUAUUGUGUGUAUACAUUGCAUUUUUGCUGUGAAGUAGUGAUUUUUUUCACUCUGUAUUUUUAGGGUUUUGUAGAUUUCGAAACUUCUGUGUAGCUUAUUUGCUGGAAAUUGUUCAUUAAUUCUCUGGAUUUAUUUAUUUUUAAUUUUUUUGUUGUGCCUAUUUCUGUUUAUUGAAAUGCAUAACUCUUUGAUCAGAUUCAAAAACAGAGUUGGAAGAAAAUGGCAGCACAGAGCAUUUUUCUCCAAGUGUACAAGAAAACAUGCCAAAGAGAUCUAUCAUUACACGCCCCGGAUUCGGAAAUUCGGGCCAGCGCAUCUCGUUGCUCGCAAAUUAUUUCAAAGUUUCUAUCGAAAAAUCCAGACACAACUUUUUACAAAUACAGCGUUGUUAUUACGCCCGAGGAUAAUACAGCGGUCGACAUGCAUGAAUGUGUUAGGGAGGGAAGCCAUUAACGAACUUCUCCAAACGUACACUUCAGAUCUUGCUGAGAAGAGAUUCGCCUAUGAUAUAUGGUGAAGCGAGUGUGUAUACUGUGGGGCCCUUACCUCAGAACAACUUCGAAUUCGUAGUGGUUCUUGAGGAAUCUAUUCCGAAACGUCGAAAUCCUUCUGAAGAUGGAAUCGAAAACGAGCCUUACAAAAGGUCUAAGAGCUCUCUAGUGUCAAAAACAUUUAAGGUGGCUUGAAUGUUGCCAAAGUAGCGUUGAAUUCCAUAUCCGAAUCCGAACCAAAAAAAAAAAAGAUGCUCUGAGGGUUUUAGACAUCGUUCUACGACAAGAAGCAGAUAAACGAGGCAUGUUCUUGGAAUUUGGAGAGGGUUUGAUGGGAGUGAGAGCUUUCGAUUCCAACUUUUGUCCAACUCUAGGUGGCUUGUGUCUGAACAUGGAUGUAUCGGCAAACCUCAUAUUUGAACCGGGACCGAUUGUUGACUUUCUUCUUGCUAACUAGUAAGUCAACGAAACUCGUGAUAUUGACUGGGGAAAGGUAUAUAUAUAUGGCUUUUCAACGAAACUCGUGAUAUUGACUGGGGAAAGGCCAAAAAGAUGCUCAAGAAUAUGAGGAUUAUGGCGAGUCAUAGUGGUGCUGAAUUCGAAGUUAUCGGUUUAAGUGAGAAACCUUGUAAUCAGCAGCUUUUUAGUCCGGGAGACGAUGAAGAGACUAUUUUGUUAAACGCCGUAAUAUAGAACUUGUUUAUUCAUCGAGCAUGCCAUGCCUUGAUGUUGGAAAACCAACGAGACCGAAUUACCGGCCUAUAGAGCUCUGUCUAGUCUCUGUUCAGCGAUACACGAAAGCCUUGUCGAGAAACCAAAGAGCAUCCCUAGUUGAAAAAUUGAAGCAGAACCCUCCUGAUAUAAUUCAAGCUAUGAAGUGUAACUACGUUGAAGAUCAUAUCCUCUUUGAUUGUGGAAUUUCAAUUGAAAAGAAUCUUACUCAAAUAAACGGACGAAUUCUCGACACACCUAAGUUAAAAGUUGGUAAUAAUGAAGAUUGUAUACCCAAGAAUGGCCCAUGGAAUUUUAAUAACAAAGGACCUUGGAAGAAAAAGUGUCUAUGUGGCUUGGGUAUUGUCACACAAUGCAUUUCUCCGACGAAGAUCGACGACCAAUACUUGACGCAUGUACUUCUCAAAAUCAAUUCCAAGGAGACUCAUCAAAGAGGCAACAAAAUGAAGAAAAUAAGGUUAUUUAAAUUCUUCCAUCUUUGUUCUUGCAAUAGCCUCUACAAUGUUUAAUUCCCCAUGAAGAUACUUUAUCUUGUUUAAAGUGUAAAUUUAAUAACUAUUAAUCCAAUUUAUCAUUCUUUAUUCCUUAAUUUUUUCUUUAUGUUUGUCUGUAGAUCUCGAAUACAAAUUCGAAGAAACCUUCUAUUUGACUCAUAAUGGGUGGAUGAAUAGUGCAUCCUUAAUAUUUUCAUUUUUUUUA